UGACGCGUUAACGUUUCCCGCACUUAUUUAGAAAUGACGUAUUUCCUUCCUGGUCAUGCCGCUGGUGUUUCGCGGGAACAGUGAAGUUUUAAACAUGAAUUCAAAUGUGCAAUAGUGAGCAGCUAGAUGCGUAACGUGCGUUAAUUCGCGGUGGGAUUUAUUCUCGAGGAACAUUAAAGUUGUUUUUGUUGUUGUAUUUUUCUUACAGCAGUUUGUUCAAGCAGGUGUCAACAUGAGCAAAGCGAAGUCGAGCAGGGAGAGAAGAGUUAUUCAGCCAAGCAUCACCAGAGUAACUCGCAGUUCUGUCAACCUUCAGGACACUCAACACAUUAAACCUUCUGCCUCAGGCCUGGUCAAUGAUCUGAGCCUCAUGAGAGUGAGUGAACAGCAGAACUCCUCAAAACGGAAAGGAAAGUCCCCGAAAGACUGUAAUUCACCCCAAAAUCUAUCACCCAGCAUAAAGUCGGCUCUCUCCUCACCCUCUGCCCCACACGGUGCUCUUGCAACUAUAAGCAGGUUGAUAAAACUUGGCCGGGUGCGAAACAUUGUGGUAGUUGCCGGGGCAGGUAUCAGCACAGCCAGUGGUAUACCAGACUUCAGGACACCAGGAACAGGUCUUUAUGCAAACCUUGUGAAGUAUGACAUCCCCUACCCAGAGGCGAUCUUCAACAUUGACUACUUCUCAGACAAUCCUCAUCCUUUUUUCUCACUGGCCAAGGAGCUUUAUCCCGGAUACCACCGCCCCAACUACGUGCACUAUUUUAUUCGUAUGCUACAUCAGAAGGGCCUGCUGCUCCGCAUGUACACUCAAAACAUCGAUGGACUUGAAAAUUUGUGCGGUAUACCAGAUGACAAGCUCGUGGAGGCUCAUGGGAAUUUUGCAACCGCUGCCUGCCACCUUUGCUAUUCACCAUAUCCUGCAGAGGAGGCCAAGCAAGCUAUAAUGAAUGACAAAAUUCCCAUCUGUACCUUUUGUGCCGGAGCUGUUAAACCUAACGUUGUCUUCUUUGGAGAAGAUUUGCCAGAGAAGUACUUCCAGCAUGCUGAAGAUUUCCCAAAAGCAGACCUUCUCAUGAUCAUGGGCACAUCUUUAAAGAUUGAGCCAUUUGCUAGCCUGGUAAACACUGUAAAGUCCACUGUCCCUCGUCUGCUGCUGAACCGUGAUCCAGUCGGGCCCUUUGAACGGCAGCCCCUGAAGAGGGGGGACUAUAUGGAACUGGGAGAUCUUGUAGAUUCUGUCCGAAAAUUUGCUGACAUCCUGGGGUGGCAUUCUGAGAUCCAGCACCUGAUGAAUUGUCACGAAAACGCACUGUUUUAUAAAACUGACCCCAACAGCGGUGAAAACAGUGACUCCUCAGAGACGGACAGCAGGUUCUUCUGGACCAAGUAACUAAUAUCAACCAUUCUUACUCCAACUUUCUGUAUGUUUAAAACAUACACAUGACACUGUGAUUGUGAAAAUGUUAAACUGGAAUGGUUUAAAACCCACCCACGCAAUAUUUAUGUAACGUUUUAUUUUGUAAUUGUAUUCUAUUUGGCAUGUUUAUUCUUAUCAUGUAGAUUGUCUGUUUGUAGCAAUGUUUUUAUUUAAACGUGGUCAAUAAACUCUUUUUCAUAGCAAAGCCAUCAGGAAGUAGUGGAUAAUAUCUGAAUUGUAGCUGCUGCUGAUUUUGUUGUAAAACCCACCGUCUAAACAUCUUCAAAGAUUUAUAGAAACGACCUGGCAACUUAUAAGCAUGGUCUCCAGAAUAACUUUCGUGUCUACAGCACAUCCCAAACUUUAUUUUUUUGCCACUUAAGUGGAGGAUCGACUUUUUACUGUUGAUGUUCAUGGUUUACCAGGCCCUGCGAGUCAGAAUUACAAACUUUAGACCCAGCACUUAAUAAAGCAAUAUUAAAUACUUAAAUGCUACCUUUAAAGGCUCAUUUAACAUUCUAUUAACUAGAUCAUUUUUUGUAUGUUCAAAAAGUUUAAUCAAUGCAAAAGUAGCUAAUGUGAGUGAUAUGGAUUGGAGUUAAUGUAUGUAGUGUGAAUAUGUGUUUGUUCAGUAGUUGUGGGUCAUUUGGAAGCUGGCGGUUCUUGGCUCGGCCCCAUUGGGAAGACAGUGGUAAAUUAGCAUGGGAGGCGUGACCUCCCAAGUGUGCAGUGCCCCCACUGUGUGUUUUCACAGGCACUGCAGCCUCCAAGCGGGAGGCUCCCACCCCCCAAACUCUAAUAAAUAUCUUUGCUCGGCAACAAAGAACCCCAAUAUCCUGCUGCUGUUUGGGAGAGUGUGUGAGGUUCUGUGUAUGAGAACGGUUGUAAAUUCAAUUUCAUUUUGCACAGGAUCAGUGAAGUAUAUUGGAAUCAUCAAACAUGUAUGCUUAAACACUUCAGCUCAUGUUUUAUUCCUCUAUGCAGAUUGUCAUGUUUGCAUUGGUUAAAGUUAAAAAGAGAAAGGUGUAAAACGUUUUUACCAGCUGUUUUGGAACCGUGGAACUAUUACAUUUUGCUUUUAGUUUGAUCAUAGGGCUUACUGUAUCAAUAGAACAUAACCCUAUAAUGUCUAGAUUAAGCACGAGUUUGUUAAAUUGUUUUGUCCUUUGUGUGUUGUUUUAUUAAAACGCUGCUUUUUAUGUUCGUUUUUAAUAAAGAAUAUUCAAAGAC